GUUUUUUUUUCUCCUUUUGCCCUUCUUCCCGUUGAUCUGAUCGUAUCCUGUGUAUUGCUACACCUGCUCUGUUUGUCAUAUAAUUCUUUUAACACAUUCACCAUGGAUGAUUUUGACAUGCUGAACGCCCCCGCCGCUGGAAAUGGUGUCGGCUCAGAGGAGGAUCCUGCUGCUGCUUUUUUGGCCCAGCAGGAGAGCGAAAUCGCGGGGAUUGAAAACGAUGAGGGCUUCAGCAUCCUGGACAGUGGAGAGGUGCCCUCGUCGCUGGGAGACUCUAAUGAUGGUGCUAUCAACGGAGAUUUCCAUGGGGAAAGUAAUGGUCCAUCAGAUGCCUAUGCAGCAAUUUCCAAUGCAGAUCGACUGCGGGCUGAACCUGAAAGUCUCCGCAAAUGGAGAGAGGAGCAAAGAGAGAGGCUCGAAGUGUUAGAUGCUAACUCCCGCAAGCAGGAGUCUGAAUGGAAGGAGAAGGCCAAGGUGGAGCUGGAGGAGUGGCAUGCCAGGCAGAACGAGCAGCUGGAGAAAACUAAAACCAAUAACAGGGUUCUGGACGAAGACUUCUACAAGCAGCCCUUCUCUGAGCUCAUUGGUUAUGUCACACACAUUAACCAUCCUUGCUACCGCCUAGACCAAGCGGCUGAGGAAGCCAUGAUUUCAGAUCUGGAUGAGAACAACCCUGGCACGGAGUGGGAGCGAGUGGCUCGGCUCUGUGACUUCAACCCCAAAUCCAGCAAGCAGGCCAAAGAUGUGUCCCGUAUGCGCUCCGUCCUCAUCUCCCUGAAGCAGUCCCCACUGGUCCGCUAGGCACCAAUGUGUGCUGAGGGCACCAUUCCAUAUCAUCUUUUUUUCCACCAGCCCAGCAACAGAGAUCACAACAUUUGUAUUUUGAGGACAAGGGACUUUCAUCCCUUCUGUCCAUAUCUAUUUGCCACAAACUGCCCUGUUAACCCCCCCUCCCAGUGGAAGGAAAUAGCCAGUGGUCCUUUACCCUCAUCUUUCUCCUCCUGACAGGACUGUAAUUAGCCUUGAUGUACCUGCUCACCAUUUCUACUUCCUGAAAAAUGUAUCUGUGCACCUCUUCAGCAGACCAGUUAAGACCUUCUAAUGCUUUGCCCUUGUUUAAGAAACUGAGAUCAGGACCAGUUAGAUUUGCACCAGGUCUUAUGGUCUGUGUUGUACUGUAAGGGCGGUUAGUUGGGACACUAAAAAGGGAAGGCAUGAUGAUUGUUUGGGCCUAAAGCUACACUACAUCCUGCUUCUUAUGCCUACCCCAAACACAAUUCCUGUAAGGCUGUGUAGUAUCUCUUAUCUUGUCAACCUUCAAGGGUUAUAAAAAAAUCUAGUGGUUUUAUUCACAUUUUGCCCUCCAACAUAUCGUUUCAUGUUCUCCCUCUGAAAACCUAUCAAAAGGUUUUCCCUUUUUCUUUUCUAAGGACCAAACUUCAGAUUCAUUGUGUUUACUUCGAACUGUGUGUAGUGUGUGCUUGUGGCAUGUUGUUAUAUUUUUCAAUCUAUGCAUUUUCUUUUCAAAGCUUCUCCCUCUCCAGUCAGAACUGAACAAUGUCCAGGCAUUACAAGAUAUGUCACCUGUUUUUGUGUGUGUUAAAACCUCAACAGUGUGUGUAUGUACUCUAUGCGUGUACCUAUGUACAUAUACAGAAGGCAAUAUAUACAGUAUAUAAAACAUUUAUGACACUGAAAUUAGACAGUUGUGGUUUCAAUGAGAACUAGAUACUAGUCAGUUUGAUCAUGUGUGUUCAUUGUCCAUUUGAUUUCAAUAUCAGUAAAAAGUAAAUGAGA